AUGGCCAUGUUUCUUCCUUUCAUUUGCUUGACAUUUCUUAGCUGCUUUUCGUUUUCAUCACUUGCAACAGACACACUUACACCUUCAGACACAUUGAGGGGCAGUCAAACCCUGGUUUCAGCUGGUGGAGUUUUCGUGCUUGGCCUAUUCAAUGAAAGCUCUUCAGGUUAUUACUAUCUGGGAAUUUGGUUCAAAGCUGAUGCAAACAAGGUUGUCUGGGUAGACCGCGAAAACCCCAUAAUGGAUUCAUCUGGCGUGGUUCAAAUCCGGUCUGGGAAUUUGGUUCUCACAGACCGUCGACAAGUGCUACUGAUAGUCAACACAGGAAGUCUUUCCACCACUACAACCAACACAAGCGCAACACUUCUUGAUACUGGAAACUUGGUCCUCAAGGAAGCAGAUUCAGGUACUACUAUAUGGCAGAGUUUUGAUAUUCCGACUGAUACUUUUCUCCCUGGGAUGAAGAUUGGGCUAUUUGGACUAAACACAACCCUGCAAACCUUUCACAUUCUUGUUUCUUGGGCAAGUCCCCAAAACCCGAUCCGUGGCCUAUUUACCUUAAGCAUUGAUGCCAACGAUCACACUAGGAUUUCGGUUUGGCGAGGAGAUGGAGCUGUGAUGGAUGUUGGUUUUUGGAAUGGAAAUGGCUUACGGUUUAUUUUUGAGAACUCAUCUGCUGGGAAUAUGUACAAUUUCAGUUUCCAGUCCAAUGGAUCUGAUGCCUUCUACACUUUUAGCACCCCGAAGAACUAUGACCUGAUGUGGUUUGUGAUGGCUUCAACAGGAACGCUGGACCAGUAUCUUAUGCUGGAUGGGAAGAUUUCUAAUGUGAGUCAUGCUUUGUGUGAAGAUUCAAAUGGUGGAAAUACUGGGAGGUGCUUGACUUCACUACCAUCUAUGUGUGACAAUGAUGGUAAAUUUUCUGAGAUGAAUGGCUUGCUGCCAUCUAACACUAGUAAUGAUUCCACCUAUUUGUGGACUGCUGAUUGUGAAACACUGUGCAAAAACAAUUGUUCCUGUACUGCAUUCACUUCACUUGAGAAUGGACAAUCAGGAUGCCAACUUUAUUUUGGGAGCAAACAAAAUCUAUUGAUGAUUGUAGAGAAGGGCGCGGGGGUUAUUUACAUCCGCAGUGGUGAUUCAAGUGAUGGUAAGCAGUGGAAGCUCUGGUUGUCAGUCGCAGUUCCUUUGGGUUCCCUCUUGAUUUCUAUUUCAAUCUCGUUCUACUGGUAUAUGCGUUGCAGAAGGAAACGUAAAGAAGAUCAAGUAACCAAACGAGAAUCUGAUCAAGCAAGGUUAUUCCAAAUGUGCUCCAAUGAUGCAUCGCCUAUACAACUCAAUGAAGCUAGAAGUGCAAAUAACAUGGAAUUAGGCAGACAGAAAGACCAAGAUCUACCGUUUUUUAGUUUUUCUGCAAUUAAGACUGCAACUGAUUACUUUGCAGAGUCUAAUAAGCUUGGGGAAGGUGGAUAUGGGCCUGUGUAUAAGGGUAAGUUGCUUCAAGAAGGACAAGAAAUUGCAGUGAAAAGGCUUUCGAAAAUUUCCAGGCAAGGAUUGGAGGAGUUCAAGAACGAAGUCUCGGUAAUUUGUAAGCUUCAACACAGGAAUUUGGUUAGGCUUUUGGGAUGCUGCAUUGAAGCAGAAGAAAGCAUACUAAUAUAUGAGUUCAUGCCCAACAAUAGUCUGAAUUCCUUCAUCUUUGAUUCAAGCAAACAUGUACUUUUGGACUGGGAGAGGCGCAUGAGCAUUAUUGAAGGGAUUGCUCAAGGUCUUCUGUAUCUUCACAAAUACUCAAGAUUAAGGAUCAUUCACCGUGAUUUAAAGACGAGCAAUAUUCUACUUGACUGUGACCUGAACCCAAAAAUUUCAGAUUUUGGCAUGGCAAGAAUUGUUGGCGACAAUGACAUAAGGGGACAAACAAAACGGGUUGUUGGUACAAUUGGUUACAUGUCUCCGGAAUAUGCCAUGGACGGACUCUUUUCUGAAAAAUCAGAUGUGUUCAGCUUUGGGGUGAUCAUAUUAGAGGUCAUAAGUGGAAAGAAGAACAUUGCCUUUUUUGAUGUUGAUCAGUCUCAAAACCUACUUGGCAGGGCUUGGAAUUUGUGGAAAGAUGGCAAUGGACUGGGGUUGUUGGAUUCAGCACUGCAUGCUUCUUGUUCAAGCAAUGAAGUUAUGAGAUGCAUUCAGAUCGGCCUUCUAUGCGUUCAAGAAAGGGCCAUUGAUCGGCCGUACAUGUCAGAUGUCAUUUUUAUGCUAAGCAAUGAAUCAAUUGCUCUGCCUCAUCCCAAAGAACCUGCAUUUUUAAGUCAGUUCUGCGCAGAUGCAGAUUCAUCUUCAAGCAGGCAAAGAUAUUACUCUAAAAAUGAUAUAACCAUGUCACAAGUAGAUGCCAGGUAGAAAAUUCAAAAUUGUCUUGUGUCUACUUGUUUUGCUUGUAUGAAAGUUGUAAAUAGAAUGCAACAGAAAAUGUACCUUUGGUUCUAUUCCUCCAAAUAUCUAUUUUCUGAAGGUCAGAGGAGUGGCCAUAAAUUUAGAAAGCC